GCGCUAAGCAUACUGACGCGUGACUACCACUACAAUAUAGUUGUUUCCUUUCACGAUGCUUGUCAGCAGCCAAUGGUUCGCAUUAGCGCUGAUUUGCAACCUCGUCCUGGAAGGAAUUGAAAGAGAAGAAGUAUCUGGGUUGUAGUCGCUUCAUGAUGGCGCUAGUGGGUUCUCUCCGCAAAGAACUGGCAGAAGCCGUGGCUUCAAGCAGGGUGCUGGUGGUGGGAGCAGGGGGUAUCGGUUGCGAGCUGCUGAAAAACCUUGUCCUGAGCGGUUUCGUCCAUAUUGAUGUGAUUGACCUUGACACCAUUGAUGUAAGUAACCUGAACAGACAGUUUUUGUUUCAGAAGAAACAUGUUGGAAAAUCAAAAGCCCAGAUUGCCAAGGAAAGUGUGUUAAAGUUCUGUCCUAAAGCCAGCAUCACAGCGUACCAUGACAGUAUAAUGAACCCAGAUUACAAUGUGGAAUUUUUCAGAAACUUUACUCUUGUCAUGAAUGCUUUGGAUAACAGAGCGGCUCGAAACCAUGACCGAAUGUGCCUAGCUGCUGAUAUUCCUUUAAUAGAGAGUGGGACAGCAGGUUACCUGGGACAAGUCACUGUUAUCAAAAGACAGGGAGUAACUGAAUGCUAUGAGUGUCAACCAAACCAACUCAGAAAACCUUUAGGCUGUACCAUUCGAAACACGCCUUCUGAACCAAUCCACUGCAUUGUAUGGGCAAAGUAUCUAUUUAACCAACUUUUUGGAGAAGAAGAUGCAGAUCAAGAAGUAUCGCCUGACACUGCAGACCCUGAAGCAGCUUGGGAGCCAGAAGAAGCAGCAGCAAGAGCAGGUGCUUCAAAUAAAGAUGGUGACAUUAAACGAGUCUCAACAAAGGACUGGGCAAAAUCCACUGGAUAUGAUACAGUAAAGCUUUUUAAUAAGCUUUUUAAAGAUGACAUAAAAUACUUGCUCACUAUGGACAAAUUGUGGAGGAAAAGAAAAGCUCCAGUUCCUCUUGAUUGGAAUGAAGUCUACAACAUUGAGAGCUGUGACUCAAAGGCAGAGUUUACUGUUGUGGGUCUGAAAGAUCAACAAAUACUAGAUUUGAAAAGCUGUGCAGUGCUGUUUGCAAAAAGUGUGGAGACUUUACGUGCUCGAUUAGCAGAAAAAGGAGAAAAGGCAGAACUUGUAUGGGACAAGGAUGACCCCCCAUCAAUGGACUUUGUGACUGCAGCAGCCAAUCUUCGUAUGCACAUUUUCAGCAUGAAUAUGAAGAGCAAAUUUGAUGUGAAAUCCAUGGCAGGAAACAUAAUACCAGCAAUUGCUACUACAAAUGCAGUGAUUGCAGGUUUAAUUGUGUUGGAGGCCCUGAAGAUUUUGUCAGGGACAGUUGAACAGUGUAAAACGGUGUUUCUGAACAAGCAGCCAAAUCCACGGAAGAAAUUGCUUGUACCUUGUGCUUUGGACCCCCCAAAUCCCAAUUGUUAUGUAUGUGCUAGUCGACCUGAGGUGACAGUGAAGAUGAAUGUGAACAAAGUGCUGGUGCAGACGUUGCAAGACAAGAUUUUAAAAGAGAAGUUUGGAAUGGUUGCCCCAGAUGUUCAAAUAGAGGAUGGGAAAGGAACAAUUUUGAUCUCAUCAGAAGAAGGCGAAACUGAAGGAAAUAAUAGGAAGUGCCUGGUUGAAUUUGGAAUCCGAAAUGGAAGCAGACUACAGUCAGAUGAUUUCUUACAAGACUAUACGCUUCUAGUAAAUAUUGUUCAUUGUGAAGACCUAGAAAAGGAUAUUGAAUUUGAAGUUGUUGGUGAUGCUCCAGAGAAAGCACCACAGAAGCUAACUGAAGACCCCGAGAAAAAUAUUGCAAAUGGUAGUGAUGAUGGAGCACAACCAUCCACGUCAAAAGCUCAAGAACAAGAUGAUGUGCUAAUUGUUGAUUCAGAUGAAGAGCCAAGUUCUGCUGUGUCCGAUAUCAACAUGGAGGACAGGACCCAGAAGAGAAAAUUGGAACAAGAGGACGAUCAUAUCAGAGCCAAAAGGAUGCGAGUAGAGCAGCCUGCGGAUCAAGAUGAUGACAUUAUAGCUUUGGACUAACUUAACUUUUUUAGCACAGCCUUAAGGAUGAUCAUUUUUUGCAGUGACAGCAUUGUGUAUGGAGUGUGUAAAAAUGUCCUUCUCUCCCCCCCCCCCCCCUUUUACUUUUUUAAAGAAUGCUGUGUGCCUGUGAUUAAGCUACAUUCUUCAUAUUUGACAUUUCAUGUGGAUAUAAUUUGUUUAGUCAUGGAUUCUGAGAAUUAUAAGAAUAUGUGGUUUAUUGGCAUUUAAACAAAAUCAGAGUAGAAAAUGAAACAUUUUAUAAGAAUAAUUCCCUAAAGUUCUUGUGUGUUCAUCCCAUUGAAUAUAUAUUUUAAAAAAAAAUCAUCAUUGGUUUGGAAAUCUAGCCAUGAGUAAGGGAAAACAAAUGAUAGUGCUAUUCUUUCCGUUUACAGUUAUAUAAUGGCUUUUUCAAAAUGUGCCAUAUGUUUGAGAUCCUGCGUAUUGAAAAAUCAAUGUCUGUAGUAUUGUAUGUUUAUCUGUUCAACAUCAGUUGGGACAUUUUUACACCUCCUGCUGUUAAAUGUCAUACUUGACUAUUCAAAAAUGUAAAUGCUCCAAUGUAAUUUGAUGGCCAAGAUGUGACCAGUCAGUAUAAACCCAAAAGGAGCAUGGUGUACAUUUCUGUAAAACACUCAUUGGUUAUGGUAUUGUGAGACACAAAUUUUGUUGUGUACUGUUACAGGUUUCAUUAUUUAUACUGACAUUUUUGUAAUACACAAAUCCAGUUAUGCUGUACCUCUGGACCAAAUAAAGGGCAGCCAAAUAUUGGUUCCUCCUACUGUUGUACAAGAGCACAUCUGCAACAAUAGACUUCCUUUGCUAACCUUUGAGGUUCUUCCCUAUAUUUGUUACUUUAGUUUCUUCUUAGUAUAUGUAAUGCCCAAUCCAUCCUUGUAUGUCAGAAGAUUAGAAAUUUAAUACAUUGGAUAUUUCCCAAAUAUGAUAGUCACCAAUCUAAAUGUUGUGUUUUGUUAACAUUUUGGCCCAAAGAGCACUUGUUUGUGGAUAGUUCUUGUCCAUAUUUAUUACCAGUGUUCUUUUUCAGUCGUUAAUUGAGCACCUGUCUUAAUUAGAUUACAUAUUUAUAUAAAAUCUAGAUUUUUAAAAUUCUUUACAUUGUAAAUCUGUUACCAACAAUGUUAGGUUCCAUGUACACUUCUUGGCCUCUCUAUUCAAUGCCUGGUAACCUAGGCAAGGUAUAAAAUAAACCUUUUUCACACUGCCUAGUCAUUUUAUAUAAUGUCUGCUUUUUUUCUUGGAAUUUUGUGAAAUGAGAGUCAUUCAUGUUCAGACAGGCAUGGUCACAGUAACACAUUCUCCCCUUUUAACUAAAAUAUAUUUAGUAUACUCAGUGGUGUUCAAAACAGUGAAGAAAACAAUUUACAAAACAGUACAAAACUGAAGAUGUACUGAAAACAUACGAACUACAUCUUGUAAUAUGUAACCUAAUUUUCUGUGGGUUUUUUUUUUUUUUUUUGCUUUGUACUUAUGCAGUAAUUCUUAAAUGCAGCUGGCCAUAAUUUUUGUUAAUGUUUACAAUGGGCAACAUUACGUUUAUAUUAAUAUUUGAUAUUAAACAUGUUUAUUAAUCUUU